CAAUUUUUGUUUUGAGGAAUCCAUCCAACAUGGCAGAACUUAGUGGAGUGGAGGUUUUGCAAAGUGAAAUAGAAAAAGCUAAGGAUAAGCUUCGAAAUUACAAUGAAAAUAUUAAGAAAUUAACAGGCCGGGAUCCCAGUCGACCGGGGUACGUAUCAGGGUUAAAUUGCAGUUGUAAAUGACUAAGUAAAUAAUUUCUACUAAGAGUUAAGAAAGACUAAGAAUAACUGAUUUAAUCAGUGAUUAAGAGUAAGUAAGAGUACUGAUAAAAGACUAAUAAUUAGUAUUAGUAGAUAUUAUAUUAUUUACUUACUUAUACUUAGUCAUAAUAAUAAUAAGUUAAAGUUACUUAGAAUUUACUAUAUUACCUGUAGCUAAGUAUAACUUUAACUUAUAUUAGUAUAGUCAUAGUCAUAGUAUAUAAAUAAUUUUUAAAUUAAUAGUACUAGUACUGGCUUGGUCGCCCAUAGAUUAAGGGGGGGGGGGGGGGGGGCUCACCAGAUUGUGGUAUGAUCAUGAUGAUGUAAACGUUGUAGUAUUUAAAAAAAAAAAAUGUAUGUCAAAUUAUGAGGCGAGGGUAUGUGUGUGACAAUUUUGUGUUGAUUUGGGAUGGGGUGUGUCCCAAAAGCUGCCAAAAUAUUGUGACAUUUUAUUAAUUAUGGAUGCAGACCUGCCAACCCUUAUGAUUUUUUGGAAUUAAUGAAUAAUACAGAUUUUUUACCCCUCAUUCCAACCUUCCGAAAAACCCCUUAAAAUUCAGAUUUUCCAAAAUUAUAAUUUUUCACCUGUCAUAAAAAUUCGAAAGCGGAAAAAAAAAAAUCGGGUACGACGGGAAGUGAUACAUUUUGAUGAUGUCACUUGCUUUGUUUUUAUGAAGUGUCUGCAUGUUGGGGGAAUGGACGAAUAAUCUCUCGAGAUAUUCGUCCGGAUAUGAUGUAUUCAACCAAGUUACAUAACCGCUGUAACAAAGUUGCUCGAUAUAUUAGUCCGUCAGCCUCGUUAUGUGACCGCUAAUAGUCAAUCAGAGUUUGCGGUACUUCAUUUCAACAAAUUUAAGUUAGUCUGGACAUACUAGAAAUAUUGUUGGUAUACAUAAUGAACAAAUGGUUAAAAAGUGACAAUGUUAAAUAAAGCGUGACUGCCGGUCUGAUCUCGCGCACUAUUUGUCCGGUCGUCUGACUUGUAGACACUGCCUUGUUUUUAUCAAAGCGAACCGCAAUCAUUAUGCAAAUGAGAUAUCCUGAUGUGCAUAAUUUAUGCAUGCAAUUUUUAUUUACACUUUUAACAAAAAUUGUCUUACUUGCAUAAUUUUGUUGAAUUUUUUAAAGUCUCUAGAUGACAAAAGUAUAAAUGAUGCAUUAUUUUAUUAAAAUUCUUAUUACAAAAUCAAAAUAAAGAAAAUUAUAAACAAAGAUUAGGACUUAUCAUUCUUCAGUCAUUUCUAAAAUUCAUAGGCCUUGGUAUAGUAACAAUUUGAGCUGUAGAGGCAAUUUAUUUUUGGGAAUAGUCUUACACUUCAGGCAUCACCAUUAAAUGCCAGUUUAAUUAUUGACAUAAAUUAAAAGCAUUAAUCUUUUAUGGUACUAACAUGUUAAAAGUGAAUCUGUUUAUAAAAUCACAAAACUGAAUUCAAAAACCCAUGGCGAUUGUCUUUUAUUACCUUUUUGGUGUACCAGUUAGGAAGGUGGUAACAUUAUUAUUAUUCAGCCAAAUAAAUUAAAAGUGUGUUAAACUUAUCUUAUGCUCACAGUGAAAAACACUUUCUGACCUGACAGAGACUCUUCAAAAUAUUUUCUGCUCAGACUGGCUAACUUAGUUAAAAUAACUUAAAACUACUAUCUUGUGGAUGUUUUCAGUUAUUGGAUGUAUAAUCUCUGCCUCUUGUUACACCAUAGUUCCUUCAGCUUUAAAAACUGAAAUGAGAACACUUUGUUACCACACUCAACCUGAAGCUAAAUACAAAUAAAUAGCAGCUCAUCCUAAAUGUUAAACUUGUAACAAGUUGUAGGCCUAUAAUUUUUAAUAGUCUAUCAGAUAUCAAGAAUAUGAACUUAAUUUUAUAGGCCUAUAAAAUAUUUUGCAUAUAUUCUUAGUCUUAAUUUUUUUUACUUAUUCUUAUGCUAAUGCUAAAUUAUGUUUAACUGACAAAAUUAUCAAUUAAAAAAAUUUUGCAAUGGCAAAAAUAUUGUAAAAAAAAAAUCAUGGUAUGCAAUAACUUUAUCUUUUAGAAUAAGGCGUAUACUCAGUGGAGAUGGAGGAGAGCGAGACGAAGAUGGCUUCAAUGGUAGAAAUGCUAGAGGUAGAGGUAGACUGUUUGGCAUGGCAAGGUAUGGAUCAUUUUUAAUUGAGGGAAUCAUAGAUUUUUAAUUAACGUAAUUAUUAAAACUAAUUUUUUAAAAAGAUUGUGAGUGCUUUUAAAAUUCAUAUAGCACAUACAAUAUGUGUUCAUAUUCAUAGCAUAUUCAUAAAUAUAUAUGAACUUAUUUGUGAAUUAACAAGUUGUUUAACAUAAUUACAUUUCAAUAAAUGCUGAAGUAUAUUUGAAUGAUCUGUGGUCUUCUUGAAGAAAUAUUAUGGAAGUGAUUGCUGGACAUUUUCCUUUAAUUUAGGAGAGGCAUCAUGGAAGACAAUGGCCCCCCAUCAAAGAGAAGAGUCAUCGGAGGAGCUUUCUCUAGGUAGUGUCUGUUUGGCAUUUAGUUUUGUAGAUGUAGCCUUCUUUUGUAAAAGAAAUUAGGUCAAAUCUCUUUUAUUUGUUGCGGUCUUUGCUUGAACAAUAUGUUCUCUUUUGAGUUGAUAAGUUUCUUCAUAUAUGUUUACAUUUCCUGUAGAAUUCUUUAUUUUUCUCUGUGCUGUUAUGUUAUUUUUAGAUUGUUUGUUAAAUUUUAAGCAAGCUUGUUUUUACCCCUUCUUAGAUUGGGGCCAGUUCCAGUUGCAGCAAGACGGAGGGAGAGAGAAGACAGCCCAUACGAAGAGGAAUUACCAAAUAAGGUAAAUGCUUUUGUUACAAAAAUAAAUGUCCUGAGCAUUUACUUUCUUUUAAUGUUGCUGGAUUGAAUAAGUAUCCUUUAAUAUUUAUUUUGCUUCUAAUAAAUUCUAAGUUACUAUAGUAAAACUUUUAUUGCAACCUGUUUUUUUAUUCAUAAAGCAACAUUUUUAUUGCAACCUGUUUUUUUUAUUCAUAAUUAAUUUUCUCCUAAAGGGCUGAUUCAGUUUAAUUCAUACAAGAGGUUGAAACACAUAUUGGCUUACUACAUUUUAAUUAUUAUGUUCUAAUAUGUAGUAGCAUAUUUUGAACAUAUCUUUAGAACAAUAAUUUUUUUGCUGUUAUUUAAAGAAACCAGUUACAUUGUAAAAAGUCUGCCAAGAAGAAGUUAAAUAAAUAAUAUUAAUUUAUCCACAUUAACCUAUACAUUUUUUAUUAAAUUAAUUGAUUUCCAGUAUGGUUUUCUGUUUCACAAAUCACAAAUGCUUUCAUUUAAUAAACAUUAAAUUGUCAUUUCUAAUAAUGAGGAUUUUUAUAAUUUCAUAAUUCAUUAGUGGUGAGAACAAAACAAUGCAAUUUAAAAAAAAGAAUAUAGGAAAGAGUCAAAAAUGGGUUUGCCAAGUGCUGAUUUCUGAAUGUAAAAGUUAUUUUGUCUCUCACAGCUGUCUGUGCAGUCUUCAGUAGUUUCUACCUCCAGAGAAGCCAAGAAUAGACAGGAGAUUAUGCAGGAGCAGACCAAAGAUAAGGAGGGCAUGCAAAGGUUUGAUUGAAGAUUCUAAAUAUGAGGUUUAAAUUAUGAUGGAAUUUUUGUAAUUUGGGGCAUUAAAAUGUGCUUUGUCUUGAUAUCAGCCUCAAAUAGUUGAUAGUUGUUAUUUUGAUUUAAUCAGGAAUAAUUUCAGUUAGAAAUGGGAAGGCCUUCCUCAAAAUUUAUAGAUAUUGCUAAAUUAGACUUAAGAAUUGAAAAAACAGAUAUGUUAACAGAAAGGCAUAAAGAGUAUGAGUAUACAGCUGACUAUAGUUUAAACUUACCUAUUAUUAAUUGAUAUCCAUUAUUAUUUGAUUUGUAGGAAUAGAAGAAUGUUUGGGCUUCUGUUGGGAACACUCAACAAAUUUAAAACAGAAUCCAAGACCUUGGAGACUAAGGUGAGAAUGAAUGAAAUAGUUCUAAUUGAACCAAAUAUGAUUCAAUGUUAAAUACUUAAAACUUGAGUAAUUUAAAGUGAGCAAAUACGUGAUUUGAUUUUAUAAAUAAAAAAUUUCAUUUCUCAGAAAGAGUUUUGCCUUAGGAAAUUGCACCAUACAAAUUAUUAAAGCUUUAGAAUUACAAAUAUACAUCUAUAAGCCUUUGUAUUUUGAGUCUUAAAUUUAAAUGCAACAAUUCCUGUUUUCCCCCCUACAAUUCUUUAAUUCAUGAAAAUGUAAUAAAGACUAAUAAAAAUAUAAAUUUUACCAUACUUAAUUCCUCCAGGAGGUGCAGCGCAAAAAGAUAGAGGAGAAACUGGAAGAAAAUGCAGAAAAGGAGAAACGAAAGUUUAAACAAGAGACCAAGCUUCUGAUGGAGGAAAUGCACCUGGAACAGUCCAAGAUCUCAAGGCUCCAACAAAAGAUGGAGAUGGUCCAGGAGGUGAGGCACAUUAAGAUACCAAUGACAAGUGUAAAAUGUAUCUGAUAUGAAAUAUACAUACUAAAUGCAGAUGGAAAUAUUGUGUGUGUAUCGUUUAAUCAUUGCAGUAAGUACAACAGUUUGUUACAGGCUCAUUAAUACCCGACAGUUCGUAAAAUAAAUUUUUUCUCGGAUUAUCUCAAUCUUUCAGCACUCAGAGCGGGAAGCAGAGAUGGAGAAGUUAAAAAAUUUCAUAGCCACAAAGACAAAGCCAAGAAUCUUCUGGAUGCCUGUCCAGAGCUCUACAUUGGUAGAAAACAAGCUGAAGGACUCCAAGAAAGUUGUGGAUGGUGAGAUCAUUGCUAGCAGUCAAUUUUAAUCUUUCAUCAGAACAAAAUAUAAAUAAAUACACAUUUUAACUUAGAGAACAUUUUACAAUUAUUACCAUUUAAAUACAAGACAUCUAAAGUAGUUUUCUAGUGUAGAAAGCAGCCAUCAAUGAACUAGUUAGUAAUCAUUUAGAUUUUGUAACCACUGAGAGAGCAUGCUUGUAAGUCGUACAGACUGGGGAAUUUUAUAACUCUUGGUUCUUAUUCGAGGAGAAAGAAUUCGCUUUGAUUGAACUGAUCUUAGAUGAAGAGGGUGGCAUGUAUCAUCCAAAAUUUAAAAAAAAUAAUUUUACAACAGCAAUUUUUUUUCAAUUAAUAUUUUUAAACUCUAAUUUCAUGCCCACAUCUUUUAUCUUUAAAACAAAACUUAUGCCAUUUAUGCGCUAGACACUUGGGAUUGUUAGCCCUAAUUAAAUUUCAAAAACACUACGAGUUAACUAAAGUUAUAAUUCUGAAAGUAUUAAUGAAAUAAUUUCUAUUUCAGAUAUGCUUCAAGAGGGAAGAGAUCGCCUGGAGAAAGAAAUAAAAGAAUUGAUGGAGCGUGAAUAUAAAAGAGAAGAAAGGAUAAAAAUGAGGCUUCGGGAGGAUGGUCUUUUAGGGGAUGAAGAGGAAGUGGCCGGGGAUGAGAACAACAGAAACAAAACUCCUGGGGAGGCUGUAGGGGACCCUAGGGAGGAAUCAGUCAAAUUAGAAGAAGAGAAUACAGGGCUUGGGCUGUCGAGUAGGUUAGGCAGGCAUGUUGAAUUAAAGAACACAGAAGUAGAACAUGACGAUGAGGCCAGGGAAUGGGAUUCAAAGAAGAAGACCAGGCGGACGGUGGUGGUUGAGAAGGAGGGCAGUGAGUCAGACAGUGACGAGUCCCUGGAGAUUGGGAAAGGUGAGGGUGGUAAUAGUAAAGUGGAGAGCUCAAAGACUUCUGGUGCUCAAAAAAGAAAACAUAGCAAGGAUGUGAUAGGUUCAAAUCAGAGUUCAGAUGAAGAGAGGGAGGGGAUUAAUAUAAAACAAGAGAGGGGGCAGGAUGCUGUUAGGGUGGCAGAGAGGGGGCAGGAUGUUGUUAGGGUGGCAGAGAGGGGGCAGGAUGUUGUUAGGGUGGGUGAGCGUGAGAUUAGAAGAAAAGGACACAGGGAGAGUCAGGAUAGACAUGUGGAUAAGGAGAGGAAUAAAGUGAGCGAUGAAGAUGGUGUUGAGGAUGCAAGAGAGAGGCUGAGAGAUAAGAGGCAUGAGGAGAAAAGGGAUAAAAGGAGGGAAGUAAGUGAAGAGAAGGACAGGAGGAGGCACAGGAGAGGGGAGGAGAAAUUGAGGCAUGAUUCCAGUGAGAAGGUGGGUUCCACCCGGGAUAAAGAGAGGUCUCACAGAGAGGGUCGGGAAGAGAGGAAGGAGAAAGAAAAAAGAGGCGGGCAUGAUAGUGAAAGGAGGCAUGUUAGUCAACGCUCAAAAGACAAGAGAAAGGAUAGUGAGAGUAGCGCUGAAAGCGAGGUUGAGAUUAAGAGGGAGAAAAAAGAUGAUAGAGACACGAAGGGCAAAAAAGUAAAAGAUUAUUACAGACAUUCUGACAGGAAAUCAGGGGACAGAGAGGGUGGGUUUGAUAAAGAAAGUGAAGGUAAAAAUAAAAAUAAAAUUCCUGAUAAUGCAGAUGUUCAUCUGGACUCCGAUAAUGAGGCAACAGAAUAAUGUUUUUUUAUAAAAAAGAUUCUCAAAUCCUUGUUAUAUGCUUCCAGUUUAUAUUUGCGUACAUUUUGAUUGUUGCAACACUGUACAAAAUUGGUUUUCUUAUUUUCAUUAUCUAAUGUGUAUGUAAAAAAAAAAUGUUGGGUCUGUUUUUCAAUGUUCUAAGCAUUGCUUUAAAAUGAAUGUGAAUGCUUGUUUUUUGCAAGAGGUAUUGUACAUUUAGUCCGUUAAUGGCAACAGCUGAAGACGUAGCACUGUACCGGGAUGUAUCAACUUUUAAUAUAAAUGUUUUGUCAUUUAAACUUAUUUAUAUUUUAUAAAGCAGACAAUGGCAGACAUACCAAAUAUCAGAUACAAAUAUUUAUUAUGUUACCUUUUCAAAAUUUAAACUGUUCGGAGAAGUUAAUUAGCAAAUUUAAUUAGCAAUAACAAAAGCUAGAAAUUUUUAUAGAUUUAAAUCACUCCAAAAACAGAGUUCAAGAUGUUGUGUUUCUUCUUCAUGAAGUUGUUUGUGUUACGAGUUCGACAGAUUGCCAUUAAUGCAGACGGGGACUUGUACAAUGCCUCUUUGUGAACUAUUUAAUUCCUUCAAUCUUUGAUUCCACAGGAUUUGUCCACAGACUUUCAAGGGGCCUCCGACUGUUUCCUUGUUUCCCUUGAAAUGUAAAGUUUAUAGAGAUGAAUUGGUUUCCUCUCAUCUUUUCCUGCUUUGACUGGUUCUCGUUUCCUUCCUUCCUUCUGUUGUCAAUCAACUACUUCUUCAUUGUUUAAAUUCUUUGUUUGUUUCUUCAGGUGAUCUGAGCAGGUGAAUCACAAGCAAUAAUUUUCAUGAAGUUUUUUAAAAAGUUUCACAUCUUGGUUUGAACAUGAGAGAUUUUUAAGUUGAGCCAACCACUUAGAAUAAACCGGUUAUUUUGGUACUAGAACAUUCUUGUGUUGCACUUAUUGUGGUUAAAGUGCAAGUUCAACUAUAUGAGUCUUCGUGACUGUUGACUUAAAAACUAACUGGUUGCUAAAUGUUGUGAAAUCUUGGUUUCAACUUAUGAUUUCCUUGAUUCCAUCAGAAAGUUUAAAAAAAAACUAUUAGGUUUGGUAUGGUUGCUAAUUAUCUUCUUGCAUGUCUUUUGGAAGUAUUAGCUUCUGUUCUGAUUUGCUAUCAACUGGAAAUGGAAGAAAACAACAAUCUUUCCUGUCUUUUCAACUGUUGCUUUUGAGUAUUGCUACUGCUUCUUUAAAGCAUUCAAAAGGUGGAUAUAUCUUUGUACUGUUUUUAAUUGGAACUAAGCUCUUAUUUUUAACGAAGUAUUCUAAAAUAUUUUUAUCUUUGAAGUGUCUAAGAUGUAUUUUCAGGAUCGCAGCGGCGGUAAGUAUAAAAACUCACACAUAUAUUUUAUUUUCAGUUAUCGAAACAAUGACAAUAAUUAUUCAAAAAUUUUUUUAAAAUUAGGAAAUUGCAAAUUUUGUAAUUAAGAUAAUUACACAGACAAAGUGGUCUAGCUUAUGUGGUGAAAGCCAUGAUUCGAUAUGAGGACCCAAUUAAAAUCUAUGCAAUAAUCUUUUAAUAAAUUGAUUAAAUUUAAAAUCCCAUUAAAUCUGUUUGGAUCUCAAGAUACACAGAAAUUAAACUUGAACUUUUCUUUGAAAAACUGUCAUUUUCCUAUCACUGUUAUUUUCCCAUAGAGGAUGUUUGUAAUUAAGCACAAGUUGGUUCAAAUAGUUAGGAGUAACAUUUUGCGUUAUGUGCAAUUUUCAUUUUGUUAGUUCUUGAUUAAAAUGUUCAAACUUGUUUAGAUAAGACUUAAGGUGACGUGUGCACAUUAUGCUUUGAAUGUGAGUAGAGUAUUUUAUUUUUCUAUGGCAUAAAUGCUCAUGUCUGAAUAUGUUAAAUUGAUCAAUGCCAACUUGUACAAAUAUUGUUGGUCCAGUUCAAUAAAGUUUUUCUGUUUCA